AUGUAUGUGAAAUGGUUUGAUACAGUAAUGUUAUACUAUGUGAUUUUAGUGAUUUUUGUGAAUGUCACUUUUUGUCAUUUUCAAAUUUCUUCCCGCCGUUCCGUCCCCCGUACGUUCCAUCGCUCGCAGGGGACGGAACCCAGAUGACAGAUGCCGGCAUCCGCCGGAUUACAUUGCCUGGGGACAUUGCAGGAGUGACAUCGUGGGAGCACAGGACAAGGUAUGUGAUCAAGGGAUCAUGGAGCAGCGCCGCAUGGUAAGCCUGAGUGUAGCUCGGGGUUACCGCUUGUGCUACACUUCGGAAUACCGCCAGGGAGGCUAC